AUGUCGGAAAGCAUUUCAUACAAGGAUAUGUUGUCCCCCUUUUCCGAAGGGCGGUUUCCUCAGGCCGAUGCACCUGUGGACCCGAUGAAGACAACAUCGCGACGGGCGGAGCUGAAGCGGUUCAUGCGCUGGUUUGCGCCCUUUUGGAAGGGCAAGAUCAACGAACAGUGGCACGUCGCCGAGCAGAAAGUCUGUGAGGAUUUUGCGCGCUCGGACCAUAAAUCCAUCAGCCAACCUUGGUUUGAGUAUGAGGUAGACAGGGUUGUCUACUCGCAUUUCAUCAAACUGGUCGAGGAAAACUUCAAGCAAUUCUUGAAGUGCGAUAUUGCAGGCUGGCCUUGGCCAGAGAUCUCUGCUAAAGACGUGACUACACAGCAGGACAUGAAGUCAGCUGUGUAUGAACGGUACCUGAAGAAGCAAAAGGUCGCAGCGAUCGCGGCUCAGAAGAAUGAGUCUGCCAUGGAGGGCGUAGAGGGACCUGCUGCUGAGACCCCAUCAGUGGCCAGCAAACUCAACCCUGCAGCUCCAGCUUUCGAUCCGACCGCUGAGGCUGACACCUCUGAGCAGGCUCAGACUCAAGCUGUCGGUCGGGGUGAGCUUCGUCGUCGAAAGGAGCAAAAGACCAAGGGCCUUCAUGACUCCAUGUUUUCUCAUCCUCGUGGUCAACAAGCUACUCGUGGCCGUGGAGCUCCUCGUGGUCGCGGAGGUCGCCAGCCCAGGGUUCACCGUGAGCCUUCGCCAGAAGAUGAGUACGAAUGGAAGGAGGACGAUCAGCAGCCAUCUGAUCAGAACAACCAGAGUCUGGGCUCAUCUGGCCCACAGGUCACUGAGGUGGCUCAGCAGGAUGCGGGUACGACGAGUCCGCUUUUUGCGGUUGACACUCUUGCUCUCACCAAAAAGGGCAUAGAGUCUUCUUCGUUUGCCCCGGCAGUCAACGGCCCUCCUCCGAUGAUCACGAACGAGACAAUGUUGGAGAACAUGUCAAACAACGGCUCGGACCAUCAGAAACGAAAGCGAGUCUGGGAGACGGUCUAUGGAAACACGGCUAUUCGGGAACCAAUCGUCGGGCCUUUCGAGAUGAAGAUCCCGGAUUGCAUCCCGACACAGGUGUACAUCAGCGAGGAACGAUUGGCCAAGGCCAAUAAUUCCUAUCUGAGAGAUGUUCAGAUCACCUUCGAUCGACAGGAUCGAAGGUUGACUGUCGGAUUCGCUGCGAAGCAGGGUCCUGGCUCCUUUCCAUCUCGUAUGGAAAUUGUCAACAUUUGGCAAGCUGUCAAGCAGUGGAUGCAGGAGGUAUGCUCUGAGAUCCCGUCAUGUCUCGACGAUGUCAUCUACCGAGUGCUGAGAAAGUCCACCACCAUCUCCGACGAAGCCUACCUGCACUCUUAUGGUCAUUUCAGGGAUGCCGCCAACAUCAUGCCAGCGCGCCUCAAUGAGAUUGGACGGCAGCUUCCAGCCUUGCGCGAGCAACUUCGUCCGUUGUUGAGUGCUGACUUCGCCCGCACACGUGCUGGUAUCGAACAAUGGCUGAACAACAAACCCAGGCCCUACCGUGAGAUCCGUGCCGCCACCGCCGAAUGGUUGAUGACCUGCAGGUCCGAAGACGAGGCUAAUGUCAUUGGGUGGUGCGAUUGGGCAAAGAAACAUAUUCAGACAGCGCAAGGUGAGGAGGGUACUGAGCUGAAGUAA